GCUCCACGUGAAAUCGCAUUGGAGUGGACUCGCAUCCAAACCACCACACGCCCAUCAUGACGACAAGAAGACCCGUCAACAGCUCGUCGAUCAGCGCAGACGAUGGCCGGGGCCCGCCAGGCCCGUCCAACACAGCGCCAGCCGUGCCCUCCGGCGUCAUCUUCAAGCUGAUGGCGUUUACCUUUGCCAUGGUGACGCUGCCGAUCGGGACGUAUUUCUUCACGAACGCGUAUGUGUUUAAUGGCAACGCAACCUAUGCAGGCGGCCUGGCAGCGCUAAUGGCCAACGUGGUGCUGAUCGGGUACGUGGUGAUGGCGUUCAUGGACGACCAGCGGGAACUGGCCGAGGAAGCCGGUGCAGAGAAGAAGGCGCUGUAAAGAAAACGCAUACUGUAGAAGAUUGAAAAACAUAGUCAUUACGAGUACGUCAUUACGAGUAUCACUUGCCCUUGAGACAAGCGGAGGGCUGGGGCACCUGUUUGACACAACUGUGCACGGCAGAAUAGUCAUGUGCACACGCAACCAUCACACAAGAGUAGAUAGAGAUCAAGUAUCCAAAAGAAUAAC